AUGUCGAAAUUGAUAUGUUUACAAGGUUUGAGAGGAAUAUCCAUAUUUUUGGUUGUAUUGUUCCAUUUAUUUCCAAAACAUGUUGUCCAAGGAUUUGUUGGUGUUGAUAUGUAAGCUUUUAUCAUCCUUUUUUGAUGUCUUCAAUCUCGUAAUAAAUAUUUUUCAGGUUUUUUGUGCUUUCUGGUUUUCUGAUGAGAAAAAUACUAACAUUUUUGGAUAUUAUAGAUUUCAAAAAUGUCAAGAAUUUCUACGUGAAACGAAUAAAAAGGAUUCUACCUUUAUAUUACAUUACUGUAUUUUUGACAAUGAUAAUUGUUCUAUUUUUCGUUUUCAAACAUAAUAGAUUAGAUUUCAUUGAAGAUGUGAAAUGGUGUUUGGGUCUUCGUUAUAAUUAUAGAUCAAUAUUUGAAUAUCAAUCGUAUUGGUAUACGGUAAGAUCGAAAAAUAUAUUUUCUUUAAUAGAAACUUGAUACAAUGCGUAUUUCCAGAUUUCAAAAAAUUCGGUAUUUAGCUCAUAUGUGGUCAAUAUGUACAGAAUUACAAUAUUAUUUGUUAGCUCCAUUUAUUCAUUUCAUAUCUAUGAAAUUACAUUAUAUCCUACGAAUUUAUUUUCUAAUAUUUUUCAUUUGUCUCUCUUUUAUGUUCCAAGUUCUAACAACUCCAGAAAAUUCCUACAGCUCUUUGCCUUCAAGAAUUUGGCAAUUUCUUCUAGGUCACUUAGCAUUUGAAUUAUUUGAAAAGAAACCAUACUCUGAAAAUAUGAAAGAGAGAAAAGAAAAAGAAGAAAACGAUAAAAUUAUGACCAUCUAUUUUAUUUUCAUGUUAUUGAUAGUUGUAUUAUCACCGCAAUCAAUAUUUCCAGAGCAACUUUCGAGGUGAGAGCAAAGUUUUUCUCACGAAAGUUCAAUUUAAAAACUCAAAGUAAAUUAUUUCUGAAAAUAAAAUAAAAAAUUCAUUUGCAGAUUAUUAAUGACUUUGCUUACGGCUGCAUUUUGCUAUCACUGUUCAGAAUUAGAAACUUCAAUGUUUGUUUCAAAACCUUUGGUUUUUCUCGGAGAUUUGUCAUACGUGAUAUAUCUCAUUCACUGGCCAAUUAUUACGGUCAUUAGAUACACUAAUUUGAAGGAUGUUGAAAGUUUGGAUUUUUCCGGUUAGUAUUAUUAAAUUUUUCCGUUAAUCAAAUAAAUUGUAUCUUACAUUUAGAAACUAUUUCUAUUCUUUUGAUAACAUUUUCAAUUUCAUAUUCACUUCAUGAAAGUCUAGAGGUUUGUUUUUGUUUGACUUUGACAAUAAAAGGCUGGAUUUUGUUUUAGAAAAAGUUUAUCUCAUGGAGUUUCUCGACAUCUCUCAUUGUUAUUUUUAUAUUUUCUGGUUUAUCUUAUUUUUCACUUGAUAUUUUGAAAAAUCAAGAAUCGAUAUAUUCUUCAUUACAACCUGAAGAACUUCAAAAACAAAUAAUUUUGAAUACGAAAACAGAACAUCUUAUUAAAUAUGUGCACGAUCUUCCAUGUAUUCAAGAAGAUGAUCAAACUAAUUCAAUCAUUGGACAAAAAUCAUGUUUACAUGUGAGUAUUUGUGAUUAUAUUCAUGUUAUUUAUAAUUUUGAAUUAAAAUAAUUUCAAAAAUCAAUUUCAGAAUUCCACUGGUUUCGGGAAAAUUUUAGUGAUAGGAAAUAGUUUGGCAAUACGCGCUUUUCCUUCAAUUUUUGAAUUUUUGAAUGGAAACUAUUCCCAGCUAAAAUUAUAUGCUAGAACAUCUUCAGCACCAUUAUCCAAUGCAAAACCAGCUUAUACAAGUGAUAGUAUUCGUGUAACAAAACAAAUGAAACCUGAUAUGUUAUGGAUUAUUCAAGGAAUGAAGUAAGUCCAGAAAUUUAUUUAAUUUUUUCAAAAAGUAUUUCAUUUUUCAGUGAAAUUGUGUUUUCUCAUCCAAGUUAUAGAGCAAGAAUGACCGACAAAAUACUGGAUAAAACGACACAAAAAGUUUUGGAUAAGUUGAAAAGCAAUGCAAGAAUUGUUGCAAUUGAUUUACCUUAUUACAUAUCACAUGAUAAUACAAGUAAUAUUCUAGCAAGGAAAUUGUUGUACAGACAUGAAUAUGAGCAAUCUAGUACUGUAAAUGCAGCUGUCAGUUAGAUUUGAGAAAAAAAACUACAAAAUUAGAUAAAAUUGUUUUUUAGAUAGUUUCUAAUCAAAUUGCUGGUCAAACACAACGAUUAUUGAAUCUUAAAUGCUCGAAUUGUUUUUUUACUCCAGUUCAAGAGUCUAUAAUGCAACAUCGCAUCGACUUCAUAAAAUAUGAUCUUGAAACAAAGGCAGCCAUUAUUCACGAUGGAUCGCAUUUAUCAAGAUUUACUUAUCGAAAAUUUUUAUAUCCGAGUUAUAUGGAACAUAUAAGGCGUUUCUAUUCGUUGUUUUAA